AUAAGGAAGUAAUUUACAGUAUCAUUUUUUUCGUACAGCUUUAUUCAUUGCACUUGUUUUUACAGCGGUAUCUGAUUAGUGAAACUGACAGCCAUGGCGGGGCUGAGUAACAAGGAAAAACUAGGUUGCAUGAAAAUAGUUGAGAUGCUGGAAGACGCAGAUUUGUUCUCUCUGACAGAGACCGUAACAAACCGCAUGAUCCAUGUGGAUAACAGGAAGGAAGCAAUACAGGCAAUAUUGACAUACAGUGAGAGUGCCUCUGUGCUACUGAAAAGAAGAAAAGUUCAUCGUGAAAUAAUUUUUAAGUAUCUUGCUAUGCAGAACAUAGCUGUGCCCCCGUCAAGUGAAAAGAAUCAGCUUAUCCAACGAGCAGUUCAACACUGGAAGGACACAGCAGAUGAACAAAGAUCUUUACCUAGACCAAAGGUACACAAAGAGGAUGUAUCAUACAAUGGAACACUUAACUGCAAGUUGCUUGGGGAACAGUUUGCCCAGUGGUUUUAUCAGCUUCUAAACUCACAGAAUCCAUCAGUGGGACACGUAAAGGGUGAUUGGGGACCUCAGCAUUUCUGGGAGAAUUCUGUACUUAAAUUUGCUUAUAGUACAUCAGAGCAGAACAUGGAGGAAUACAGUGGUUCCCAGAUGACUAGUCUGCGUUUAUUGGCUCUUGUACGAGAGGAAAGAUUGUUGUUUAACCCUAAUCUUGAUUCCCAAGGGUUAAAAUGUGUAACUUCCCCACAUGGACUAGUGGUUGUGGCCGUUGCUGGAACAGUUCACAGGGACUCAUUGUGCCUGGGUAUAUUUGAACAGGUCUUUGGACUAAUCCGCAACCCAGUUGAUGAUAACUGGAAGAUCAAAUUUGUUAACCUAAAAGUUAUCGGACAGAAAGCUAUAGACUCUACACAAUUACUUCCGCUGCCUUCAAUUCAAUACCAGACAAGUGAACUGGAAACCUUUUAUUGCUGAGAGAUGACGUGCAGCACUUUGAACUAUUAUUAUGCUGCACUGUAAUGUGUCACAUUCUGCCUGCAUGCGUAACGGCUCUUCAACAUUAGCGUGGCAAACACAUUUUAUUCUUUUGUGCUCUCCUUGAUUUGUGUUUUCUCAUUUUGGGAAUGUUAACAUGUUGCUUGAUUAAUUAUGAUAACUUUGUUGUAAGCAUUAUGUUUUAUCAUUAAAAAAAAUUCUGUUUGUUGCCCAUGUAAAGAGAAGAGGUCAAAUUUAAAGUUGUAGGUUAAUUGGCCAUAUAGUUAAUUUGGAGAUAAAAGUUUAGCUUUCUUUUUAGAUUAUUUAUUAUUAAUAUCAUAAGAUAACAUUUUGGUAUUUGUGUUAAUAUUACGUUUAAAGUAAUGGAGUCCAACAGUGUUUUACACAUAAAUGGGUGCUUUAGUGGCGCAGUUGACUUUUUUUUUUAAUAUUAAUGUAAAAGAAAAACAAAUUGUUAUGCAUUUUCCAUAAGGAAAUAUUGUUUUUAAAUAACUUUUCAGAAUGAAGAACAGUUUUUCUUAUUUUUUGUCAGUCAGAGGGCUAUACGUAAUGAGAAAUAUUUUGUCUUUGGCUGAUAUAAUCAUAAGAUUUUAAAUGUAUGUUAGCAGUGCCUACAAUCUGCACAGGAAAUUACUGUACCCAACUAGAAAUGAAAGCAUGUUGAUUUAAAAACAUAUGAAUAUAUUUUAAGUAAAUAAAAGUUUUAUUUAUAUAUA